GCGCCCUGCUCCGCCGCCGCCAUGGAAUCCAACAGGGACGAGGCGGAGCGCUGCAUUGCCAUCGCGGUGGCCGCCAUCAAGGCCAACCAGACGGAAAAGGCGCGCCGCUUCCUGGAGAAGGCCCAGCGCCUCUACCCGUCCCAGCGGGUCCGCGUGCUGCUUGAGUCUCUCAUCAAGAGUGAAAAGUCCUUCAAUGGCCAUUCCCAGUCCCCACCCAAGGAUUCCACAGACCCCAACUUUAGGAAAAUGAGUGGCGAAUUUCCUUCUCCCAAUGGAGAGGCAGUGGGGGAUACUAGUAAAGGUUACUCUCAGGAUCAGGUAGACGCGGUUAAGAGGGUAAAACAAUGUAAAGACUAUUAUGAAAUUUUGGGAGUAACCAGAGAUGCUGCCGACGAGGACCUGAAAAAAUCUUACCGAAAAUUAGCAUUGAAAUUUCACCCUGAUAAGAAUCACGCACCAGGUGCUACAGAGGCCUUUAAAGCCAUCGGUAAUGCCUACGCAGUAUUGAGCAACCCAGAGAAAAGGAAGCAGUAUGACCAGUUUGGAGAUGCAAAAGUCAGCCCCACGCGACACGGACACGGCCCUGCAGACUUCAACCGAGGGUUCGAGGCCGACAUUUCCCCUGAGGAUCUCUUCAAUAUGUUCUUUGGGGGUGGUUUUCCCUCUAGUAAUGUUCAUGUAUAUAGCAAUGGCAGGAUGCGAUAUACUUAUCACCAGAGGCAAGACAGACGAGAACAUCAAGGUGAUGGUGGCCUCGGCCUGUUUGUCCAGCUGAUGCCUAUUCUCAUCCUCAUCAUCGUCUCCGCUCUCAGCCAGAUGAUGGUCUCCAGUCCACCAUACAGCUUGAGCCACAGACCGUCUGUCGGUCAUAUACACAAGAGAGCAACAGAGCACUUGAAAGUGGCCUACUAUGUAGCUGACAGCUUUGCAGAAGAAUAUACUGGCACAAAUCUGAAAAAUGUGGAGAGGAGUGUAGAAGAUGACUACAUUGCAAAUCUCAGAAAUAACUGCUGGAAGGAGAAACAACAGAAGGAAGGCUUACUGUACCGGGCACGUUACUUUGGAGAUUCAGAUCUGUAUCAAAGAGCGCAGAAGAUGGGCACACCGAGCUGCAGCCGACUGUCAGAGGUGCAGGCAUCCUUACAUGGAUAGCUGUUGUGGAAGAGCUCCAUAGAGAUGAAAACUCUUCAAAUGCCUGCAGACUUUGGAGGAAGUGAACUGAGCCAAGGAAACAGUCUAAGGAAUCAGAUUUUAAAUUAAAAGUGGAAUUGGAGAAUUAGCAACGCACAACUGCCCUCUCCUCCCUCCCUUUCUCCAUCUCUUUGUGUAUGUCUCUGGCCAGUAUUACAGCUGGACGUUUCUUAGAGCAGAAGGAAGCCUCCUCAUCUUUCCCCCUUCCUCCUCCACUAUCAACUGUUGCACCUCUAUCAGGAUCCUGGAAUCCUAGGAGCCAAGUGUCUUUGUUUUCUUUUUUAAAGCUGAGGGCAGAGGGGAGGGGGCAGAAGGCAGAAGGGGGCACUCUUCUGCAGUUGCACUCGUCACUUCAAAGAGAGGGCAAAUCAGAAGAUCUGUAGGAGGAAGGAAAAAUCAAUUUUAAAAGCAGGAGAAAUAAUUUAGAAUUAACUUAUAGCUGUAAAUAUGUUGUAUUUCUAAACUAUGCAGGGAUAGAAUUAAAUUAUUUCAUUUUUGCUGAACUUCAUAACCCAGGAUGUGUGCAUUUUAACCUGUUUUUCCCCAGCGGUCUGACUCUACAAAACCUUUCCUAUUUAAGGCAGCCUUAUUUGAUGACAUGAAACUUUUAUAUUUAAGUGGCUUUUUCCAAAGGAGAACAUGUUUAGAAUUCAACCUGCAUUUUUUGGUUCUUAUUUUAUUUCUUUUAUAUAAAAGAAUCACUGAAACCUC